ACAGUGGGGGGUGGAGAGUUGGGGAGAGAUAGCUUGGGGAUAAAUGCCAGAUAUAGGUGAUGGGGAGGAAGGCAGCAAAUCACACUGCCAUGUGUGUACCUAUGCAACAAUCUUGCAUGUUCUUCACAUGUACCCCCAAAUGUAAAGUGCAAUUAAAAAAAAAAGAAACCCAGUGGGGCCAGGCUCAGUGGCUCACACCUGUAAUCCCAGCACUUUGGGAGGCUGAGGUGGGCACAUUGCUUGAGCCCAGCAGUUCAAGACCAGCCUGGGUGACAUAGUGAAAUCCAUCUCUACAAAAAUAAGUAAAUAAAUUUUUUUUUGAGAUGGAGUUUUGAUCUUGUUACGCAGGCUGGCGUGCAAUGGUACGGUCUCAGCUCACCACAACCUGCCUCCCAGGUUCAAGUGAUUCUCCUGCCUCAGACUCCUGAGUAGCUGGGAUUACAGGCGCCCACCACCACACCUGGUUAAUUUUGUAUUUUUAGUAGAGACAGGAUUUCAACAUGUUGGUCAGGCUGGUCUCAAACUCCUGACCUCAGAUGAUCUGCCCGCCUUGGCCUUCCAAAGUGCUGGGAUUAUAGGUGUGAGCCACCACACCCGGCCCAAGACCCUGUUUUCAAUCCUUUUAGGUGUAUACCCAGAAUUGGAAUUGCUGGGUUUUAUGGCAACCCCACGUUUAACUUUUGGAGGCGCUGCUAACCUGUUUUCCAUAGCAGCAGCACCAUGUCACAUCCCCACCAGCAAUGCACGAGCAUUCCAGUUUCUCUGCACGCUCAGCCACGUUUGCUAUUAUCCAUUUAAAAGUGUGAAAUCGUAUCUCACUGUGGUUCUGAUGUACAUUUUCCUAGCGACCAUCAGAGACUUUAUGGGAACAUGGGAGGACAGCCCAGGCCCCAGUGGGCAGACGAGUGGUGCAGAGCCAGGCUGGCCGGUGGAGAUAAGCGAGCCUCCUUGGAGCUUGUGUGCAAGUCACAGUACUGAGGAGCCGGCUACAGCUCGAUGAGCCUCAAUUAGGAAAGGCCGGGGCUGGUGAAGGAAGGGAGGAGGGCAUUCUUCAUCCUCAUCACAUCCUGAGCCUGUGCCCCCGACUCCCACCACUUCCCUCCCUGGCCACAGAGCUCAGGACAGGGCCGAGGAACCAUGUCUCCAUUCCUGACCGCCCUCUUCUGUCUUGGGCUGUGUCUGGGGCAUGUGCAAGCACAGAGCGGACCACUCCCCAAGCCCUCCCUGCAGGCUGUGCCCAGCUCCCUGGUGCCUCUGGAGAAGCCAGUGACCCUCCGGUGCCAGGGACCUCCGGGUGUGGACCUGUACCGCCUGGAGAAGCUGAGUUCCAACAGCUACCGGGAUCAGGCGGUCCUCCUCAUCCCAGCCAUGAAGCAAAGUGACGCUGGACGCUACCGCUGCUCCUACCAGAACGGAAGCCGCUGGUCCCCGCCCAGCGACCAGCUGGAGCUCAUUGCCACUGGAGUUUUUCCUAAGCCCUCGCUCUCAGCCCAGCCUGGCCCGGCAGUGUCCCCAGGAGGGGAUGUGACCCUACGGUGUCAGACCAAAUAUGGCUUUGACCAAUUUGCUCUGUACAAGGACGGCGACCCUGGACCCUACAGGAACCCCGAGAGAUGGUACCGGGCUAGCUUCCCCAUCACCACGGUAACCGCUGCCCACAGCGGGACCUACCGCUGCUACAGCUUCUCCAGAAGGGCCCCAUACCUGUGGUCGGCCCCCAGUGAUCCCCUGGAGCUCGUGGUCACAGGAAUCUCUGUGACCCCCAGCAGCCAGUUACCAACGGAACCACCUUCGUCUGCCAAAGCAUUCCCAGAGGCCACCAGUAAACUGAUCAUCUCACUCACAAACAAAGUCUUCACAACUGAGACUUCUAGGAGUAUCACCACCAGUCCAAAGGAGUCAGGCUCUCCAGCUGGUCCUUCCCGCCAGUACUACACCAAGGGCAACCUGGUCCGGAUAUGCCUCGGAGCUGUGAUCCUAAUACUCCUGGCGGGAUUUCUGGCAGAGGACUGGCACAGCCGGAGGAAGCGCCCGCGGCACAGGGUCAGGGCUGUGCAGAGGCCACUCCCACCCCUCCCACAGCCCCGGAAAUCACACGGGAGUCAGGAUGGAGGUCGACCAGAUGUUCACAGCCACAGGUUCUCCUCAUAACCAGUGAACCCCAGGCAUGGUCAUAUCCAAGGGAUGGAUCAUGGCAUGGGACACAACUCAAACACUGUGGUGUACGUGGAGCAUGGGAGCAGGAGGGUUGAGGCUACAGCUUGGAAAGGAGGCCAUGUUGCCUCCUCCUAGUGCUCCAUCAAGGAGCCGUUCAGCUAGUGUCUGCCUGGCUCCCUGUCCGAGGACGCCCUCCAUUUGGGAUGGGAGGAGUCUCCUCCCUGCACACUGUGGAUCACAUGGUACCCUGGCUGGACCACAUACCAGCCUCUUUCUUCAACCUUCCGUAAUACGGGCUCCAGAUGAAUCUCUAACGUUCCCAGCUCUCACGGCCGACUCUGUUCCAUCCUCUGCGCAGAACCCUCCAUGCUUCCCCUUGGCCCUCUGUGCUCAUCUGGUUUUCCCCAGAAACACUCACCCCAACCCCAACUCCAUCUUCCACUGCAGUCUAACUCACUCCUCUCAUUUCUUAGAACAGGCCUUGCGGGCAGUUUGGGUAUGUCGUUCAUUUUCAUUAGUGUAAAACUAGCCUGUUGAUUGCUUUCCUGCACUUUAGAAAACAAGAUCAGCCUGUGCGACACGGUGAAACCCCAUCUCUACCACAACAAAACAAAACAGAAAACAAAAAUCGGCCAGGUGUGGUGAUGCAUGCCUAUAGUCCUAGCAACUCCGGGGGCUGAGGUGGGAGAAGGGUUUGAGUCCGGGAGGCAGAGGUUGCAGUGAGCUGAGAUCACACCGCUGCACUCCAGCCUGAGUGACAGAGCCCGACCUUAUCUCAAAAAAUAAAGUGAUGAAUAUGCUAAUUAUCCCAUCUGAUCAUAACACAUGGUAUAUAUGUAUUGAAAUAUUGUUACCUACCCCAUAAAUAUGUACAAUUAUGUAUAAAUUUUUAAAAUAAAAAUAAAAUAAGAUAAUGCACCAUCUCCACCCCUCUCAUAAUUACUUUCUGAAGGAAAUAUUAGGUCUUCUCAAAGUAGAGUUCUACAUUUAUUAUGGCAUUUAGGCAUUUCUUGAUCAUCUAAUGAGUGUAAAACUAUACCACUGCACGAGGUACAGUGGAUCACGUCUGUAAUCCUAGCACUUCGGGUGGGCAAGGCAGGAGGAUCACUUAAGCCGAGGAGUUCAAGACCAGCCUGGGCAGCAUAGUGAGACCCGCGUCUCCACUAAAAAUAAAGAAGAGAAAAAGUUUUUU